GCGCUCACAUGGAGACGGUUGAGCACCAGGGUCGAGCCAAGGCGUUACGGAGCGCGCGGACGUGUACUGGUGGCCCCAGUCUACCCUGCGUCUUUCUGAGGGGUUAUUGUUACCCUUCCGAGCCCAGAGGCCACACGGGUGGGAGGCUAAUUCUUCUGCGCAGGCGUUCCCUGUGUCCCGACGCCAGGCUGUCUGUCUGCGGGGUGGGGCGGGGGCUGGUACCCGUGCAGAAUCUCGGCCUGGUAUGGGGUGGGAAAGGCCUGGCAAGAUGAAUAGCGGAUCUGCUGCCCUGCGGGGUGAGAUCGGAUAGCUUCCUUACUCCCAUCCUGGGUCUUGAGCGACAAGGUUUUAUUUCACUAGAGCAAGGCCACGAACGGUCUACUGUAGGGAGCCGGCGGUAGAUCCUGGAGGGAUGGAGUCAGUGUUUUGGAAUGCCCCAACUUGUUAUGAGGGGACUAAAGUGUCUAAUAGGCUUUUAUCGAAUGCCCUCUACUUCCAGGCUUCGUGCGGAGGACACGGUGGUAAGACAUUGAGGACAUACAGAUUUGUACAUAAAUACUAAUAAAAGGCAGUGAGUUAACGGGAGUUGAUAGCCUUUUCUUUGAAAAUAGCCAUUUAUUAUUAAGACAGUCUGCAUUCUGGCACGGUGGAAGGUAUUAUAGAAGCUAAUUUCUGAGUAGAAGACAAAUCCUAAGUAUUUAAUUUGCAAGGAAAAUUUUAGAUAAGGGUACAUUAAUGUCUUGAUUACUAAGUAGUGUGCUCUGUUUCUUAUUAAUUUGAAUAAACAGAAGAAACUUCACCUCCAAGAAUUGAAGCAAAAAAAUUUCCAAAAUAUAUUAAUAUGUUUUCCAGUCGUAUAAAGUAAAAGAUGUUAUACACAUUUGGAUCUUUUUUUAGAGAUUGAAGAGAAUGCUGUGCCUUAGCCAUCGUUAGUGAUUUGUUGUCCUUGUCUGGGCUGUUGUACUUUAGAUAACUUUUUAGAUAAAAGGUGGGCUAGGUUCCUCGUGGUUUUUCUGGACAACCCGUUUUUUUAUUUGCCUCAAGUCUUGUCAUUUCUAUGGUGAGGGUGGUUGGCAGUAAGCUGAAAGAGUGAAGAGGGAAGAGAUGAGAUGGGGGAAAGAGAAAGAAUUUUAGAGAAAAGUCCCUAAACCAGGCCUUCCAGUAUUACUAUAACCCUUCUGGAAAUCUCAAUAAACUUGGGAAGACUGACCUGGCCACUGCCGCCUGCUUGGUGACCCUUAACAGGAUCAUGGAUUUUCCUGGUCACUUUGAACAAAUCUUCCAGCAACUAAACUAUCAGAGACUUCAUGGCCAGCUCUGUGAUUGUGUCAUUGUAGUGGGGAAUAGACACUUUAAAGCCCACCGCUCUGUGCUGGCAGCAUGCAGCACACAUUUCCGAGCCCUGUUCUCGGUGGCAGAGGGAGAUCAGACCAUGAACAUGAUCCAGCUGGAUAGCGAGGUGGUGACAGCAGAGGCCUUUGCUGCGUUGAUUGACAUGAUGUAUACCUCCACCCUCAUGCUGGGGGAAAGCAAUGUUAUGGAUGUCUUACUGGCAGCCUCUCACCUGCAUCUGAACUCUGUGGUUAAGGCAUGUAAACAUUACCUAACGACAAGGACGCUGCCCAUGUCGCCCCCCAGUGAGCGCGUGCAGGAGCAGAGUGCCCGCAUGCAGCGCUCCUUCAUGCUGCAGCAGCUGGGGCUGAGCAUCGUGAGCUCAGCCCUUAGUUCCAGCCAGGGUGGCGAGGAACAGCCGGCCCCCAUGAGCUCGUCCAUGCGCAGUAACCUGGACCAGCGGACGCCCUUCCCCAUGAGACGCCUUCAUAAGCGCAAGCAGUCCGCAGAGGAGCGGGCCAGACAGCGCCUCCGACCCUCCAUGGAUGAGUCUGCCAUUUCAGAUGUUACACCAGAGAACGGGCCUUCGGGGGUUCAUUCUCGGGAGGAGUUCUUUUCACCAGAUUCUCUAAAAAUUGUGGAUAACCCUAAAGUUGAUGGAAUGACUGACAACCAAGAAGACAGUGCUAUCAUGUUUGACCAGUCUUUUGGCGCUCAAGAAGAUGCCCAGGUGCCCAGCCAAUCUGACAGCAGUGCUGGCAACAUGGCACAGUUGUCUAUGGCCUCACGUGCAACUCAGGUUGAGACUAGUUUUGAUCAGGAAACUGCAACUGAGAAAAGUAGUUUUCAGUGUGAAAAUCCUGAGGUUGGCCUUGGGGAGAAGGAACACAUGAGAGUGGUAGUUAAAUCUGAGCCCCUGAGCUCACCGGAACCUCAGGAUGAAGUGAGUGAUGUGACCUCCCAGGCAGAAGGCAGUGAGUCUGUGGAAGUGGAAGGAGUUGUGGUCAGUGCUGAGAAGAUAGACCUCAGCCCUGAAAGCAGUGAUCGGAGUUUUUCAGAUCCCCAGUCUAGCACGGACAGAGUAGGUGACAUCCAUAUUUUAGAAGUCACAAAUAACUUAGAGCAUAAGUCAACUUUUAGUAUUUCAAAUUUUCUUAAUAAGAGUAGAGGAAGUAACUUUAGUGCAAAUCAAAACAAUGACGACAAUAUCCCAAACACCACUAGUGACUGCAGGCUGGAGGGUGAGGCACCUUAUUUGUUAAGUCCAGAGGCUGGACCUGCAGGCGGGCCCUCUUCUGCCCCUGGCUCCCACGUGGAGAACCCAUUUAGUGAACCUGCAGACUCCCACUUUGUUAGGCCUAUGCAGGAGGUGAUGGGCUUGCCGUGUGUGCAGACAUCCGGCUACCAAGGAGAACAGUUUGGGAUGGAUUUUUCCAGGUCUAGCUUGGGCCUCCAUUCCUCCUUCUCCAGGGUUAUGAUAGGCUCCCCAAGAGGAGGAGCCAGUAACUUUCCAUACUACCGCCGCAUAGCUCCAAAAAUGCCAGUUGUAACUUCCGUCAGGAGCUCACAGAUCCCAGAAAAUGCUGCCAGUUCCCAGCUCAUGAUGAAUGGGGCCUCCUCCUCAUUUGAAAAUGGCCAUCCUUCCCAGCCUGGCCCUCCACAAUUGACCAGGGCAUCUGCUGAUGUCCUAUCAAAGUGCAAGAAGGCCUUAUCAGAGCACAACGUUUUGGUUGUAGAGGGAGCUCGUAAGUAUGCCUGCAAAAUCUGCUGCAAAACUUUCCUGACUUUGACAGAUUGCAAGAAGCAUAUCCGUGUUCACACAGGUGAAAAGCCCUAUGCCUGCCUGAAGUGCGGCAAGAGGUUCAGCCAGUCCAGUCACCUGUAUAAACACUCGAAGACUACCUGCCUACGCUGGCAGAGCAGCAACCUUCCCAGCACUUUGCUCUAGCUAUGUGUCCUCACGAGAGAAUGGUGAGGACAGCUGUGGGACUGAAACUGAAACUCUCUCUCUGGGUUUGAAACUUCAGGCUGCCCAGUGGCUCUUGUAAAUUUCAGCAACUAGUAAGUGGAGGACGAGUAAACCCGGCAUCAUGCUGCUGCACUCUGAGUGGAGGGCACGCUUGGGAGAGGGACGCAAUCCCUGAAACCAGUUCUUCUUGGGGUUGGGUAAUACAGUCUAAAGUAGUUGGUAAUUGAUGUUGUUAAAAGUGGCACAUUU